AGUGGACUUCUUGUUGACACAAGUGUAAACCUGUUUGAAGCGCGGGGGAAACAUAUGCAUUGCGUUUAAAGUAUAUGACUUGCUAAGCGUUUACUUUGAAAAACCAAGGAACCAAAAGUAGAAUAUCCGGGUGGUCAUUUAUUUCGCGGGGCUUUGGUAGUGAAACUGAAAGGUUGAUGAAAACAAGGGGAAAAAAGCAUUUGCCAAGACUUUUUAGCGAUAGACUAAGCUUACAAAAUGGCUUUGGCAUGUAAGCUAGAAGCCGCUGUACCGAGAUUUGCUUAAGUGCUGCUUGAGUAAAGUGAAGUACAGAUACUUUGAAGUACAACACCAAGCGUUUUGAGUAUGUGGCAGAACUGGAGCGGGGUGCGCAGCGGUUUGUCCAGCUUGAGGUCGUGUCAGGCUGGCCUCGUAACGGCAAUGGACUUGGUCACCACCGUGGCCACGGACCUGGUGGAAGAGGUUACAGAGGGGGACCCUGGCACCAGUGAGAUGGAGGCACUCAUGUUGGAAUGUGUCAAGCUGGACCGAGAAAUUGACUGCUUUGUUGACACUGUGCAACAAGUCACAUCUGAGUUUACUGAACAGCAACAAGAGGACUUGUUUGCUAUCUCCUCCAUAGUGAAGGAGCGCUUCACUGAAAGCAUUUCCCAGCUAUCUGACAUAAAUCUGCAAACUCACCAGAAUCUUGUUAGUUUUAAGCAAAGCAUCAGGAGAUCUCGCAACCAGGAUAGCCAAGAGCUGGAGAACAUGGAGGAGCUUGACGUGGAUGUUGCUGUGACACAGACUCAAGUGAUUUUCACAUGCCCUCUCACCCAGGCGGAAAUGGUCAACCCAGUGAAGAAUAAAAAGUGCAACCACCACUAUGAUGAAGAGCCCAUCAGACUCCUCAUUGAAAAAAGACGCCAACUGAACAAGAAGUGUCGCUGCCCUGUGGUGGGUUGUGAAAACCUAGAUUUAAGGGAUUCAGACCUGAUACCCGACCACUCACUGAAGACACAGAUCAUGAACAAGCCAAUGCAAAGCAACGAGACAUUUGAAGCCAUUCAUUUAUCGGAAUCAUUUGUUACAUAAACUAAGAUUCGUUGUUAUUGUCAAUUGUCACCACCAGAAAUGUAGCCAAUUUGGGAGGGAUGUUUGCUUGUUGUGGGAUUAUUGAAAGUUCUGUCUUGUUGAUUUGUAAUAAAAUGUGACAAAUUGUAACAACCUAUACUGUACUGUGCUUUUAAAAUGUUUUGUUUGUCUCAGUAAUAGCCAAAGUAACCACUAGAGGGAGCUAUUUACAGCUCAAUGAGGAAAAGACAGAAUGGCAAAUUUCUUAUGUCACACACCACUCUGGUUCUGACCUCUAAUAGUAACUUUGAAGGCUGUGAGUUCUAUCUGCUGGUUUUUGUAGGUUAGUGAUCACUGAAGACAGAAAUGAGGCUAAUAGGACACACAGAACAUCAUUAAUAAAAGGAGAGUGAUGGUGCUUUAUUGGGCUCUGUCAGGCAGUGACCCAAAUUGUUGAAGAAUUUCUAAACUGAUCUCAUUUUGAGUGUAUGGCACCUAGUAGAGGAAAGUAUGUAGGCACUGUAUUUUUGCACAUUUAUAUGUAAAUAAAAAAAGACUAUAUUCCAGAAUAAAGUGGCAUGCAAGCAAGUUUUACUGUGAGGUACAUGUGGUUAAAGCAUUUCGAACCUCUUAAGGGUCCAAAUAGCAACAAACAAAGGCUGUGUUGAGAUAAAACAAGGUUAAGCUAAUCUUUUAAUAACCUUGCAUUCGGGAUUUCUAAGGGUAUUUAGUCCCCCCCAUGAAUGCUUAACACAGCACAGAAUAUUUCACUAAUUAUGAGAUGUAUUACUGCUGACUCAUAUUUCCUGUGAAUGAACAUUGCCUUCAAUCUCUUCUGCAGAUCUGGUUGCAGGAAGUUUCGCAGCAACUGUUCAGUUUGUGGCUUUUGGGUCACAUACAGAUAUUCUGCAUUUGUUUGCACAGCUGUAUCUGGAUAAUCUGAUACUGUUUAAUUUUACAGACACAUUUCGUACUAAAUUUGAAAGGUUGUACGAACCGUUUGGGAGGCAAGAUAAUGUUUUAGCUUGACUGUGCCCGAGUGCAAAGUUCAAAUGCAAUAUUUUCAGGUAAGAGUGAAUCCAAAGUUGGCUCUGUUUGGCUCCCUUUGAAAACAAGUUCACUUUUUAGAAAAUUUAAAUAUUCCAACUUUAAUGUCUACCAUCAGAGAAGAGCACACAUUGGUCUGUUAAAUUAUUGAAACUAAAUUUCCCUAAAUGUCCUCAAGCACGACUUUUUAUAAUAGUCAAAUGAGCCAAGCAAAACAAUGUGUUUCAGUCCUUCACAAAUUGAUCAUGUUCAUAAAACAUUAAAUUUAUUCAAAUUCAAUGUCCUUGAUAACUGCUGAUAGUAGAUCAAAUGCAUUAAUAAAAAGGGG